AUGCCUGCUACCGUCUCUGGGUGCCUCUUGGCGAGGAGCAUGGCGAGCCACCACAAAAACCAGCAGCUAGGAGGGGCGGCGGCGGCGCCGGGGGCACUGCCGGUGAUCAACAUUGGCCGGCUCAACGACAAGGACCCCGCCGCGCGGGCGCUCGUCGUCCAGGACAUCGCCCGGGCGUGCCGCGACCGGGGAUGCUUCCAGGUGGUAAACCACGGCGUCAGCAAGUCCGCCAUGGAUGGCGCCCUGAAGGCUGCGUCGGAGUUCUUCGACAUGCCCGCCGAGCGCAAGGCGGCGUUCGCCUGCGACGACAUCCGCAACCCGGUCCGGUACGACACCAGCUCCCGGGACGGGAUCAGCAAGGCCAGGUCCUUCCUCAAGCACUACGCCAAUCCCCUCGACCACUGGGUCGACUCCUGGCCAACACAACCGGCAACAUACACGAAGAAGAUGGGGACGUAUGCCGUGGAAAUACAGAGGCUGUCAAUACAGCUCAUGGGGGCCAUCGUGCAGGGGCUGGGGCUAUGCCCAAUGCACCUGCAGGAGAAGCUCGGGGCAGGGCUGCAGUUCAUGGCGCUCAACAACUACCCGCAGGGGUCGUCGCGGGCGGGCGACACGGUCGGGCUGGCGCCGCACUCCGACAUCGGCUUCAUCACCAUCCUGCUGCAGAGCUCGCCGGGGCUGGAGGUGACGCACCACGACGACGGCGGCGUCUGGACGCCCGUCCCGGUCAUCCCGGGGGCGCUCCACGUCCACCUCGGCGACCACCUGGAGGUGCUCAGCAACGGCCGGCUCCGGUCCCUCCUGCACCGGGCCAUCCUUCUUAUUCCAACAAUCCUCAAUACGGAUGAGGCGAGGAUCUCCAUCGCCAGCAUCCAUGGCGCGGCGAUGGACGAGAAGGUCGGCUGCGCCGACGAGUUCGUCGAUGAGCGCCACCCCAGGAUAUACAGGGAGAGCAGCUUCCAUGACUUCCUCGACUUCCUGCCCACCAACGUCAAGGCGUACCGGAGGUUCGUUGAGACCCUCAAGAUCGGAGGCAGUGCUUAA